AAUAUAUAAAUCCCCUUGGAAGUUCCUAUCCCAUUUGGAAACUCAGUCCUUUCUUCAACCUCAUCUUCUCUAAAUUUAAUUCACUACAAAUCAAAGCAACACUCUCUUCUUCAAGGAGAAGAAAACACUGUAAAACAUGGGAAGCUGUCUCUCCUCUUCCAAUAAGCGACAGGCUGCGCCCAAAAAUGUCAGGAUAGUUCACUUGAAUGGCCUUGUGGAGGAUUUUGAUCCCCCAAUCUUUGUCAACCAGCUAAUCACUUCCAAGCCCCCAAAGCACUUCAUCAUCACCCCUUCCCAGCUCCUCUCCCCACUCUCCAAGCCCCUGAACUCGAACGCAAAGCUCGAGCCCGGACGUGUGUACUUCCUGCUACCUUACUCAACACUCCAGCCCGACGUUUCCCCGGCAAACUUGGCUACUCUAGUGAAGAAGCUCAUGGAGAAGGCGAAUUCCCAAAGACCAGGGAACAGGAGUCUUAGUGCCAGUCCUGGAGCAAGUCCGAUGAGGUCGCCGGUGAGAGGUUUCAUUUCGAAUGCGUUCAUUGGCUCCCCAGGAAGGAGCCCCACCCGAUUCUAUGAGCCUGAGGUGAGCUCGGUCGGGUACAAGUCACAGAAGUCUGUUAAGGCUUGGAGGCCACUCUUGGAUACUAUUAGAGAGAGAUCAUUCAACAGGAGGAGUGAGUCGGAUUUGCAAGACAAGUUAUCUGAAAAGCGGAACUAGGAUUAUGACAAUGAAAUCUUCUACUUUGUACUUUUUUCUGCCAAGGGGUGCCUGAAACCAGAACAGACGAGGCAUGGAGAGUGAUCUAGAAAUUAAGGAAAAUCUGACUCUUAAAGACGACCACAAGAAGGUUGCUCACCCGAAACAUGAGAUCCAGAAAACAAGCAAAGAUGUAACUUCAGUCAAAUGAAAUGAUCCAGGCUGUGAAUAUCGGCACAGAACAGAACACCAAUUCCGUGCUUCUUUCAUACGGCGAAUGGAAAUGGUCGUAUUCCACAAAGUAAUAGUUAAGCUGAAAUUAUGACAUCCAUUGAUGCCUCCUUGCUAUCAAUUGCAAUUCUUUUUUUUUUUUUUUUGGGUUACAAUUGGAAUUCUUUUCUGUUUGGGUGAAACGAGACACAUGUUGAAGUAAUUCUUGUUAGCGAAAGAAGUUAGUUGACAUGUUUGGUGAACUGUCUUAUCCUACUUCAUAACGACCGUAUU